AUGGGGCCCCGGCGAGGGCGGCCCGAGGCCGGCCCCGGUUCUCCGGGUUACCCCCGCGCUUCCCCAACCCAAGUGAAAGGCAAGAAACUUCCUCUCCGGGCGGGAAGCGCCGCCACCGAGGAACAGCACCCGGGAGCCGCACCGAGUGAACCAGAACCGGGGCCGGACACGCGGGGCCCCGAGGGAAGCGGGGAUCCCCGCACCCCGAGUCGGCCUGGCCCACGCCAGCGCCUCCCUCCGCUCUCCCGAGACCCCCGGGGGCGGCCGGACUCACCCUGGGCUGGGAUCAGGCCCUACUGGACCCCGCCGCGGAACCACACAGGGGGCAGAACAAAGAACGGAAGCUCCCACCCCUUUCGCGUCCGGGUCGUCCCGAACUUCGGAGGUCUUCGCCUCUCCGUGGUUGGCUGGCACUGGAGGCUGCUCGGCGGUGUGCGCGGCGCCACCUACUGGCCGGAUGGGGAAGGGCCCAGCGCCGCAGGGGAAAUGGACAUGUUUCUCAGUGAGUCCUGUCCUGGCAGCGCUAGGGAGUUGGGCAGUGCAGCCAGGAAUGGUUCAGAUCCACGGGGGGCACAGAUACAAAGGGGGGAGCUGGGCGCCAAUCCACCAGCCCAGGUAUUAGCCAUCUUUGAAGCUGUCUCGCACGUCAAAACGAAGAACGAAAACACCGAGAAUUCCAAAAGGAGAAAAGGGAUUCCAGCUCCGCUUGAAGGCCGGGCCGUGGCCCCUGUGCUCAGGAGAGGCCGUGUGCCGGCGCCGCUGCACACCCUGGAAAAGCAGCUGCGCAGGCCCGGCGCCCCGCCCGGCGGCUCCCACCGGCAUCCCAGCUGCUCCGGGGGCGCAGAGCUGAGGAUCAAGGCGCCUGGCACACACUGCGCAUGCGCAGCUCGCCGCCGACGGAAGCCGCGAAGGAAGGGGGCGGGGCCGGGGCUGGCGGGCGCGGGGAAAAUGGCGGCGGCGGCGGCGGCGACUGCAGCGAACGGGACCGGAGGGAGCAGCGGGAUGGAGGUGGACGCGGCAGUCGUCCCCAGCGUGAUGGCCUCCGGCGUGACCGGCAGUGUUUCCGUGGCUCUCCAUCCGCUUGUCAUUCUCAACAUCUCCGACCACUGGAUCCGCAUGCGCUCCCAGGAGGGGCGGCCCGUACAGGUGAUCGGGGCUCUGAUCGGGAAGCAGGAGGGUCGGAAUAUCGAGGUGAUGAACUCCUUUGAGCUGCUGUCUCACACCGUGGAAGAGAAGAUUAUUAUUGACAAGGAAUAUUAUUACACCAAGGAGGAGCAGUUUAAACAGGUGUUCAAGGAGCUGGAGUUCCUGGGUUGGUAUACCACUGGGGGGCCGCCUGACCCCUCGGACAUCCACGUGCAUAAGCAGGUAUGCGAGAUAAUCGAGAGUCCCCUCUUUCUUAAGCUGAACCCUAUGACCAAGCACACAGAUCUUCCUGUCAGCGUUUUUGAAUCUGUUAUCGAUAUAAUCAAUGGAGAGGCCACAAUGCUGUUUGCUGAAUUGACCUAUACCCUGGCCACCGAGGAAGCUGAACGUAUUGGUGUUGACCAUGUGGCUCGAAUGACAGCAACAGGGAGCGGAGAAAACUCCACUGUAGCUGAACAUCUGAUAGCACAGCACAGUGCAAUUAAGAUGCUGCACAGCCGUGUCAAGCUCAUCUUGGAGUAUGUCAAGGCCUCUGAAGCAGGAGAAGUCCCCUUUAACCACGAGAUCCUGCGGGAGGCCUACGCUCUGUGCCACUGCCUCCCAGUGCUCAGCACUGACAAGUUCAAGACAGACUUCUACGAUCAAUGCAAUGAUGUGGGGCUCAUGGCCUACCUCGGCACCAUCACCAAAACUUGCAACACCAUGAACCAGUUUGUGAACAAAUUCAACGUCCUCUAUGACAGGCAAGGCAUCGGCAGGCGGAUGCGGGGACUCUUCUUCUGAAGAGGUUACUUGAAGGGAUCGUGCCCAGAGGGCACUGGUAAUGCCCAAAGGGGCCGGGCACUACCUCCUUUCAGAGGAACUGCUGUCAUUAAUAAAGGGGGAACAGCCCUCAGCACCUUCCUGUGA